AUCCAUAUUGGCUGUCGAGUAUCGCUCAUAGAGAUACAAAUGAGCAAGAUUGACUUUUCAUUUGCAACAUGAUCAUUUUCCUACAGGCUAGCUUUUCAAAGCCUUUUUAUGCCGAGUCUGACAACAAAGGGCCUUUCUUCUUCUGACGCGUUGUUAGCGGUGAUUGGAUAAUUGAAGUUGAAUUGCAUGAUUCGCCGUUUGUAAGCAAGCAACACAGCUCCACUAGUGUAUGUACUUCUAGGGUAUUGGAAGAGAAGGUCCGCUCGUACGAUUUAAGCUAUGUAUCUUGUUCAUCAUCAUCACUUGGUUGCAUCCAUCUCGCAAAAUGGCCAGCAUGAUCACCUCAUCUUUGAGGACAUCUACUCCUUCAACAAGGAUGGCAAUGCGCUCCUCACUCCAAGCAAGGAUGCUAUCCACUUCUUCUCCAUUAAGCCAGGCAAGCGUGAAGCCGCCAACAGCUGUCUUAUUGAUGAACAUGGGAGGACCUUCCACUUUGGACGAAGUUGGUGACUUCUUAUCACGUCUGUUCCACGAUCGUGAAUUGAUUCAAUUACCAUUCCAAAAGAGAUUGGCACCAUUGAUCGCAAGAAGGAGAACACCCAAGAUUGUGGAACAAUACGACAAAAUUGGUGGCGGAAGUCCCAUUCUAAAGUGGACUAGAAUGCAAGGAAAAGAGAUGGCAACCAUGUUGGACGAAUUAUCACCUUCGACUGCUCCACACAAGGCAUACACUGCUUUCAGAUACGCAAGACCAUUGACAGACGAAGCUUUGGAAGAAAUGAAAGCAGAUGGCGUUCAACGUGCAGUUGCAUUUACCCAAUAUCCUCAAUACAGUUGCAGUACAACUGGAAGUUCCUUGAACGAACUGUAUCGCGAGAUCCAAAGAAGAAAGGAACAGGGAAAAGAAGAAGGCAACAUCAAAUGGAGUGUAAUUGAUCGUUGGCCUACACAUCCUGGACUUGUUGAUGCAUUUGUGAAUCGCAUCCAAGCCGUUUUGCAAACAUACCCAGCAGAAAAGCGUAAUCAAGUUCCAAUCAUGUUCUCUGCUCAUUCCCUUCCUAUGCAAAUUGUCUCAGGUCGUGGUGAUCCAUACCCUGCAGAAGUGGCGGCCACUGUUUCAGCAGUCAUGACUAAAUUGGGAUGGAGUAACCCAUACAGAGUUACAUGGCAAUCGCAAGUUGGACCAUCUGCAUGGCUUGGACCGCAAACGAGUGAUACGAUCAAAGGCUGGGCAAAACAAGGCUAUAAGGAUUGCAUUGCUGUUCCGAUCGCAUUUACGCAAGAUCACAUUGAAACGCUGUAUGAAUUGGAUAUCGAAUUACAAGAAGAAGCAGAAGAGCAUGGAAUUCAUCUUAAACGUGCUGAAUCAUUGAACGAUGAACCAACAUUUUUGCGUGCUUUGGCGGAAAUUGCAUCAGCCCAUCUUGCAUCUUGUGAAGGAGGACAAAGUUCCGGUAAUGAGCCAUGGGCGCAAGGAAAUACGAGUAGACAAAUGCAAUUACGUUGUCCAGGUUGCGUGAAUGCUGUUUGCGGUGAACAAAAACGUUUCUUUGGUGAUAAUAACGUCAAAGUGGGCGAAGAUGCAUUUCGUUCGUGAUCACACAUGUAUUCAUAGUUUUCUUU